CCCCUGUGUGGCAGAUGACGGGCCUGGACGUGGAGAAGGACCAGAUCCUGGAGAUGGCCUGUCUCAUCACCGACUGCGACCUCAACGUCCUGGCCGAGGGCCCGAAUCUGAUUAUUAACCAGCCUGACGAGCUGCUGGAGGGCAUGUCCGAGUGGUGCAAGGAGCACCACGGGAAGUCUGGCCUUACCAAGGCUGUGAAGGAGAGUAAAAUUUCACUGCAGCAGGCAGAGUACGAGUUCCUGUCCUUUGUACGACAACAGACACCCCCGGGCCUCUGUCCCCUUGCAGGUAACUCUGUUCACGCAGAUAAGAAAUUUCUCGACAAGUAUAUGCCUCAGUUCAUGAGGCAUCUUCAUUACAGGAUCAUUGACGUGAGCACUGUCAAAGAGCUCUGCAGGCGCUGGUAUCCGGAAGAAUACGAGUUUGCACCAAAGAAGGCAGCUUCUCACAGAGCACUUGAUGACAUCAGGGAAAGCAUCAAAGAGCUGCAGUUCUACAGAGAUAGCAUCUUCAAGAGGAAAACGGAUGAAAAGAAAAGGAAACUAAUAGAGAACGGAGAGAGCGAUAAAGCCACCAGCUGAUCGCUCACCUCGCCCUGCCGUCCCGUGGCACCCACUAGCUCUGUCUCUAGGUUCCUUUCUGUUUGCCAGUCUCUUGAGAAGCUGCACCCUCCAGUUACCCUGUUUCUUAACAGCUGUUAAAAGCCAGAGAGAAGCCUCAGUUCCUGCUUCUCUUCUGUGCCAGCAAGGGAUCGACACACUCGAGCCUCAGCAGCUUCUUUGUUUGUACGUUCUAGGUAACAGGCUGUUUGAUACUCCUCUGGUUUUAGAUGCACUCUUUCACUACACAAUAAAACCAGUUCUGUUGAACAAUG